AUGCUCGAGGCUGACUUGGAUAAAGAGGAGUUCGAAAUACCAUAUCCAGCUGGAGAGGAUUCCCAUAUUACAUUUCCCGUGGAAAACGAGUUUUUUCGAGAGCUCGAACGACACACAGGACUCCCUCUGCGUGCUGAUGCACUUCAUCCAGCGCCAACAAACCCAGGAUUCAGUCUAGCAUCCAACCAGGGGCUCAAUGGGGUACCAGACAUGGCUACAAUGCGGGCGACAGCACCGGUCCACUUACAAGACAACCGUUCAGGAAAGAAAUCAACUUCCCAAAAACAGCUGAGCUCACCGGCUGAUGCUUCGGCCUCAACUGGUCGGAUUUCUGACAACCUUUUAGUCACUGAAAGGCGAGUGAAUGGAUCCGAGGGCCUCUUGUCUCCAGGAGAAAAUGCACAACAAUCUAAUCGUCUGGCUGAGUAA